AUCAUAAAUCCAACAGAUCCAGGAGAUGUUACGUGGCAACUGCGAUACAUAGAUCCACAGAUCCAGGAGAUGUUGCGUGGCAACUACGGUCGACAGAUUAGAGAUCCGAUAGUUGAUUGCAACUUCAGAACGUAUCGCUUUAAACGUAAGAAAUAUCCUUUUUUCGCAAACACGGACGCCCGACUAUGGUCGUUUAAACGUUUUUAUUCUUCUAUCAUUCAUUCUGGAGAUGCGCCAAAAACAUUCAACGAAAUUCUUGACAAGUGGACCGCCAGCCUGAAAUUCAUUCAAAAGCAAAAAAAUAUCCCAAAUUCAAUUGUGAAAUUUGCAGAAGAGCUAAUUGGAUUCAAUGAGACCAAGGAAUUUGAGAACUUGUUGGACGCUUAUGAGCAGAAUUUCCGUGCUCACUUCCUUGCAACCCUUUCAAGCGGCGAUGACGAAUUUACGGAAGAAAAUCAAGCAUGCAAAAAUAAUCUUAAAAGGAAACUAGGAGAUGACGAAUUACCAGGUUACGAUAGAUUGGUAUUUCUAUUUAAUGAUUUGAACGAAGAUAAAAUUAUAGAAAAAAUUGAUGAAAAUACCCUCGAGGAGGAAAGAAAAUUGCCACUAGCGAGUGAUAACAAAGAUUCAUCGAAAUUUAUAUUUGAUGAAAUGUUGAACGCAUUCCAAACAUAUCAAAAUAAGAUUCCUAAAAUCCGCAGAGUGUACACAGAAAGUCUAUACGGAUGCAAAGAAAUUACAGAAAACGAUUUACAGCAAUUAUCCCAAGACUUCGCUGAUCAUAUCAAAUGGAAAUGCGAAUUGGCCUCAAAAGAUUUUCAGGAUUACUUCGAUAGCAGUUGCAAAAAACUUGGCAAUAGCGAUGAGAAUAAAGAUCUAAAACAUUUUGAUUCAAAUGUACAAUUUUUGAAAAAUAAUAUGCAUUUUUUCCAAGAAAUGAUGACGGAAGAACACUUGAAAAUGACAUCAUCAUAUCCGUUGUUUCAUGGAACAUUCACGUCCGAUCGUAUUAAACACUCCUGGGGGGAAAUUCAUGCUCUUUCAAGCAGUGAUGCCCGUAAUGAAAAAUCGGAUCCAUUUAAAAAAGCACGAAUGGGUAGAAAGGUUGAUAUGAAAGUAACAUUGCUAAAAACACCAAAUAAAUUUGAGGCACUUUUUGGGGAGGUUUCAGGUGGGCUAGGACAAUUUGGAAUUCCCAAAGCUUGUCGCAAGAAACGGUUCUUAGAUAAAGUGAAAUUAAUGGUAACAAUGCGGGAUAGUAUAAAUCGUCUAUUAAAAGAAUGUGAUUAUGUAUUGAACGAAAAAAGAUUAGAUAUUAUAAUUUUCGGCUGGCUUCAAUUUGGUUUAGAAUUGAAUUUCUACGCUAUGGAUUGGAUGGGAUCUGGUAUAUAUAGAUUCGGGUUGAUAGAUCGAUGUAGGAUACCUGCCGAUAUUGAUGAUUGCGACAUAUUAGAAGAUGCAUAUUGCAUUAUAAAAUUGCUCCAAAGAAAGCUACUUGAUACCGAAAGAGCUGUAAAAAAUCUAUUUUCGAACAACACGAAAGGAAAAAGACGGCAAAUCACAUCAGAAAACAAAGCGGAGUUAAAUAUCAAUCGCUCUCCUUAA